AUGCCGACAAUCUUCGAACUGGGCCGUGAAGAGCUACAAGACCUAUGUCUAUUUCUUCGACCAGCUUUAGAGACAAUACGAUUAGACAUAACUACGACUGACCGGUUAAGAGCGUUGAUUACAGAAUGGCUAUUACUGAAUGACUUGUCGACAAUGCACUCGUUUCAAAUGCACGAUCAUGGAUGGGUCAGGCCGGACAAGGCGGACUGCCAGAGUUGUGGUCGAUAUCGGGUUGGAAGGCGUAAGUUUUAUUUAUGGUAGGGAAAUUUUGAGGUGAGGGUAGGGUAGGGUAGAGUACUGUAAGAUAGAGUAGGUUAGGGCUGGUAGGGUAGAAUAGGGUACUGUACAGUAAGAUAGAGAAGGUUAUGUUAUAUUAGGGUAGGGAAAGAGCUAAAACAUAUGAUUUUAAAAUUUUUAGCCGAAGUAUACCAAGAGCUAGACGUAACUCAUGUAACACUACCAGAUAAACAACUAGAGUCUAUGGAAAUUGUCACAACGCCAGGUACCAGUGGCAUCAGCUUGCAAGGGCCAACUCAGAUCAUAGGGCCCGGAGAAGUGGUGGAUACUCAACCAGUUUCGGCCGAUUUUGUCCAAGUCAAAACGUAUGUGAUAUAAACUUAGAUUUUACUGCAUUUUGUUGUUAUAUUAUGGUAAAAUACGUACUUCAUACCUUUUUUAGGUUUAACAUUCUUUUCCAGAAGUUAUGGUUACUUUACUAUUCAUUCAGUAUAAUAUUGUAGUACCUAACUAAACAAAAUUUCAGUACGGACACAACCUGGCAUAGGCCAACCACAAAACCACCCCCUGCUCCCCAUCGACGUCACAAACCCACUUGGGGUGAAGGCAGUUGUUGUUUCUGUUGUUGUCCCGAGAAUUCGCCCCCGCCGCGGCGGAGAGUCCCAGUUACACAGCAACUAAGGGACGAGGAAGAGCCUUCAGGAUGUGUUGAUUACUGUGUCAUGUGUAUAUUAUGUCAAUGCAUGAGGAUAUAA